CCUUUUACUUCCUGGCUCUGGCAGCAAGGAGAAGAUCUGAUCGCCUGCUGAGUCCUCUGGGGGAGGAAAGCAGGCAGGCAGCGUGACUCCAUCACUCAGAGCACAACCAUCCAUCUAUCCAUCCAUCCAUCUGAGUCUGGGCUUGUUCUGACUCCUGAUCACCGGCUGCUUGGAUGAGUAUCCUUCGUGGCUGUGGGAGAAAGAUAAAGGUGGCUUGUUUCUAAUCUUCCUGAAGAGGAUUUCCAUAGUAACCUGAUGAAGUCGUGCAGUUUAGCUGAGGAUUUUUCUUAAUACUUCUAGGAUGAUAUCUGAUAGGUUCACCAACAAAAUUGUAACUUUCAAAAAUGGAAUUUUGUAUAGGAAGAAACAGAUAAAUUGGAAUUAAAGGUGUGAAUAUUCACUUCCCUUUGGAGGUAUCUGCUUUUAAGGACGAUAUGUUGAUUCAGAAGAUCCAGAGAGAGAAUCGUGAAAUUUAUUUCAUCUACUCAGUCCAUGGACUUUUAACUUACUUCUUCAAGGCAGCAAAUUUCCACAAAGUUGUGUGAUGGAUAUAGCAGUGUAUCUCUGUGCCUGGAAACCUCACAUUGUGGAUUAGUCUGCUAUCAAUUCCAUUUCGGGGACAGGAUUGGAUGUGAUGGAUUUAUCUUCAGAUAUGAGUAGGCAUGGAAGAAAUCCAUUCAGUCACAAACUGGAAGAUCAGAAGAAGAUUUACACUGACUGGGCUAAUCAUUAUCUAGCAAAAUCUGGCCACAAACGGCUGAUCAAAGAUUUGCAACAGGACAUUGCAGAUGGAGUUCUACUAGCAGAAAUCAUUCAGAUUAUUGCAAAUGAAAAAGUUGAAGAUAUCAAUGGUUGUCCUCGAAGCCAAUCUCAAAUGAUUGAGAAUGUUGAUGUCUGCCUUAGCUUUCUGGCAGCCAGAGGAGUAAAUGUCCAAGGUCUUUCUGCUGAAGAAAUAAGAAAUGGAAAUUUGAAAGCCAUUUUAGGACUGUUUUUCAGUUUGUCUCGUUAUAAACAGCAGCAGCACCAACAACAGCAGUACUAUCAGUCCUUGGUAGAGCUACAGCAACACAUCUCUCAUUCUCCGAAUCCUCCUGAGAGUGGCCAGUCCAAAACUCAGCAAGAUAUGCAGUCCAGUCUGACAGCCAGAUAUACAACUCAGUCUAAUCACAGUGGAAUUGCAACCAGUCAAAAAAAGCUUUCUAGGCUUCCUGGGCCUUCAAGGGUGCCAGCUGCAGGCAGCAGUACCAAAGUCCAGGGAGCUUCCAAUUUAAAUCGAAGAAGUCAGAGCUUUAAUAGCAUUGACAAAAACAAACCUCUGCAAUAUGCAAAUGGAAAUGAAAAAGAAUCACCCAAAGGUCCUCACUCAUCUGCAGGUAUAAAUGGAAAUGUACAGCAUCCCACCACCACUGGGCAGCAGCUGGUCUCUGCCAUCCCCUCUCCAAGUGCCAGCAAGCCUUGGCGCAGCAAAUCAAUGAAUGUGAAACACAGUGCCACCUCUACCAUGCUGUCUGUGAAGCAGCAGAGCCCUGCAACCUCACCUACACCACCUGCAGACAGGCUUAAACCACCUCUUUCUGAAGCUCCCAAAACACCUUCCUCUGGGCAGAAAUCUAUGUUAGAGAAAUUCAAACUGGUUAAUGCUCGGACUGUUUUACGGCCCCCUCUAUCAUCAUCAAAUUCAGGCCCCGCAGACAGUGGCAAAGAUGAUGAAACUUUUUUAGAGUAUAGUGAAGUGGAUGGCUUCAGUGGUGGGCUCAGUACUGCUGGAUCUACCACCAACAGCUCCAAAAUAUCCCCUAAAUUAACUCCUCCGAAAGCUGGAAGCAAAAAUAUCAGCAAUAAAAAGUCUUUGCUACAGCCAAAGGAUAAAGAAGAAAAGAGCAAAGAUAAAAAUAAAGUUUGCACUGAAAAGAUGGUAAAAGAGGAAAAGGAACAGAUGCCCGAGACACCCGCCAAAAAGACCUCAAAAAUUGCAAGCCUGAUUCCCAAGGGGAGCAAAGCAACUUCAGCUAAGAAAGAAAGUUUAAUUCCUUCAUCUAGUGGUAUACCAAAACCUGGUUCAAAAGUACCUACAUCGAAGCAGAAUAGUUCACUAGUAUCUUCAGGAAGUAAAGAUACAGAAAAAGUGAGAAAUACAAAAGGAAACCACCCCACAUCUAUGGCAAAAUCCCAAGGGAAUGAGAAAAACUAUGUUCCUUCCAGUCUCUCAGCUUCUGAAGGAAAGGAGGCCAGUACUGGUCUUAGUAGUACAUCAUUUUCUUCUCCUUCAAUGGCUUCAGUCAGUGGGCAAGUCCCGGCAAGUGGUGUUGUCCAACUUCCUCAGCAGCAACAAUACAGCCAUCCAAAUACAGCCACUGUAGCACCAUUUAUUUAUAGAACUCAUUCGGAAAAUGAUAGUUCUUCUAUCCCAUCUUCGGACUCUUGUAUCAGUCCUACAAAAUUGGAUUUGGCAUACAGUAAAACUGCCAAGCAAUGUCUAGAGGAAAUAUCUGGAGAAGAUCCUGAAACAAGAAGAAUGAGAACUGUAAAGAAUAUAGCUGAUCUGAGACAGAACUUGGAAGAAACUAUGUCCAGUCUUAGAGGAACUCAAAUAAGCCACAGCACACUGGAAACAACAUUUGACAGUACUGUGACAACUGAAGUGAAUGGACGAAGCAUGCCUGGCUUAACAAGCCGAUCUUCUCCAGUGACCUGGAGGCUUGGACAAGCUAGUCCUCGACUCCAGGCAGGUGAUGCUCCUUCCCUGGGUGGAGGGUACCCUCGCAGUGGUGCUAGUCGCUUCAUCCAUACUGACCCUUCUCGAUUCAUGUACACCACACCUCUUCGUCGUGCAGCCAUCUCUCGUCUUGGAAACAUCCCCCAAAUUGACAUGGGUGAAAAAGGAAAUAGUGACCUGGACAUUUCCUCUGAUGUUGAUGUUGGAGGGUACAUGAGUGAUGGGGACAUUCUUGGGAAGAGCCUUCGAGCUGAUGACAUCAACAGUGGUUACAUGACCGAUGGAGGGCUCAAUCUAUACACAAGAAGCUUGAAUCGAAUUCCUGACAUAGCUGCCUCUCGAGAUGUCAUUCAAAGAGGAAUUCAUGAUGUGACAGUGGAUGCAGACAGUUGGGAUGAUAGCAGUUCCGUUAGCAGUGGCCUCAGUGAUACUUUGGAUAAUAUCAGCACAGAUGACCUCAAUACUACAUCAUCGGUCAGUUCUUAUUCUAACAGUACUGCUUCUUCAAGAAAGAAUAUACCUACCCAUCUGAAGACAGAUUCUGAAAAACGUUCAGUAACUGAUGGAGAACCGUGGGGAAGCAGUGAAGAACUGAAGAAGCCAGAGGAAGAUCUUGAGAGCAAUCUUGACAACAGUGGCAAGUGGAGAAGCCAUCCUCCUGGGUUGCUUGAGGAGGCUGAGAAAGGAGGGCAAAAAACUCCUCUUCCCAUUUCUCAGACAGGCUCUUGGAGAAGAGGCAUGACUGCACAAGUGGGAGCAACAUCAUCUAGGCACAAAGCUGGAGGAAGUACUAUCAAGACACCUGGAAAAACAGAUGAUGCCAAAGCUUCUGAAAAAGUAAAAACUCCCCUGAAAGGAGCUUCUAUCCAGCGUUCCCCUUCAGAUGCAGGAAAAAGCAGUGGAGAUGAAGGGAAAAAACCUCCUUCUGGAAUGGGCCGAUCAACAGCCACAGGUUCCUUUGGUUUCAAGAAAACUGGGGUCAGCUCUUCAACUAUAAUCACUGCAAGUGGAGCAACCAUAACAAGUGGCUCAGCAACUUUGGGGAAGAUGCCUAAAUCUGCAGCCAUUGGUGGAAAAUCAAAUGCAGGGAGAAAGACCAGUCUAGAUGGUUCUCAGAAUCAAGAAGAUGGUGUCUUACAUAUGAGUUCAAAGACCACUUUGCAGUAUCGAAGUUUACCACGUCCUUCAAAAUCAAGCACAAGUGGGAUUCCUGGCCGAGGUGGACACAGAUCUAGCACCAGCAGCAUCGACUCUAAUGUCAGCAGCAAGUCUGCCGGUGCUGCUGCCACUAACAAACUGAGGGAACCUACAAAGAUUGGCUCAGGACGAUCUAGUCCUGUAACAAUCAACCAGACGGACAAAGAAAAGGAAAAAGUGGCAAUAUCUGAUUCUGAGAGUGUAUCCUUGUCUGGUUCUCCCAAAUCAAGUCCAACUUCAGCUAGUGCCUGUGGAACAUCAAGUCUCAGACAGCCAGGUUCAAAAUACCCAGAUAUUGCCUCACCUACAUUUAGAAGGUUGUUUGGUGCCAAAGCCAGUGGCAAAGCUGCCACUGCACCAAAUACAGAAGGCGUGAAAUCUACAUCUGCCAUGCCCAGCCCUAGUACCACAUUAGCUCGGCAAGGCAGUCUGGAAUCUCCAUCUUCAGGUACAGGUAGCAUGGGCAGUGCAGGUGGGCAGAGUGGAAGCAGUAGCCCCCUCUUCAAUAAGCCCUCGGACUUAAAUACAGAUGUUGUAGGCCUAAGUCACUCCUUGGCUUCAAGUCCAGCCUCAGCACAUUCUUUCACAUCAGGUGGUCUUGUGUGGGCUGCAAACCUGAGUAGUUCUUCUGCUGGUAGUAAGGAUACACCAAGUUACCAGUCAAUGACUAGCCUUCACACCAGCUCUGAAUCUAUUGAUCUUCCUCUUAGUCAUCAUGGCUCCCUCUCUGGAUUGACCACAAGCACUCAAGAGGUUCAGAGCCUGCUCAUGAGGACGGGCAGUGUCAGAUCUACUCUUUCAGAAAGCAUGCAGCUUGACAGAAAUACACUGCCCAAAAAGGGAUUAAGGUAUACUCCAUCUUCUCGCCAGGCUGGUCAAGAGGAAGGGAAAGAGUGGCUGCGUUCACAUUCUACUGGAGGGCUCCAAGACACUGGAAGUCAGUCUCCCCUGGUGUCGCCUACAGUUAUGUCUUCCUCUGCAACUGGCAAAUAUUUCUCUAAUUUAGUAAGUCCAACAAAUUUAUCCCAGUUCAAACUUCCUGGACCUAGUAUGAUGAGGUCAAACAGCAACCCUGCACAAGAUUCUUCAUUUGAUCUCUAUGAUGAUUCUCAGUUGUGUGGCAGUGCUACAUCCUUAGAGGACAGACCACGUGCAAUUAGUCAUUCUGGUUCAUUCAGAGAUAGCAUGGAAGAAGUACAUGGAUCCUCAUUAUCAUUAGUUUCCAGCACUUCUUCUCUCUACUCCACAGCUGAAGAAAAGGCACAUUCAGAGCAAAUUCAUAAGUUACGACGGGAACUGGUUGCAUCUCAGGAAAAAGUGGCCACCCUAACAUCACAACUGUCAGCAAAUGCCCAUCUUGUAGCCGCAUUUGAAAAAAGCUUAGGGAAUAUGACAGGCCGGUUACAAAGCCUAACAAUGACAGCUGAACAAAAGGAAUCAGAACUCAUAGAACUACGGGAAACUAUUGAAAUGCUGAAAGCUCAGAACUCGGCUGCACAGGCUGCUAUUCAAGGAGCUCUGAAUGGCCCUGACCACAUUCAGAGAGAUUUGCGAAUAAGGCGACAACAUUCGUCUGAAAGUGUUGCCAGCAUCAAUAGUGGUACAAGCCAUUCAAGCAUGGGUAGCAGUAAUGAUGCUGAUUCCAAAAAAAAGAAAAAGAAAAAUUGGGUGAACUCUAGAGGAAGUGAGCUAAGGAGUUCAUUUAAACAAGCUUUUGGAAAGAAGAAGUCAUCAAAAGCUCCUUCCUCCCAUUCUGACAUAGAAGAAGUCACAGAUUCAUCUCUUCCAUCCUCACCUAAAUUACCUCAUGGCUCUGGAGACUGUGGAUCUACUUCAAUCAGGCCAUCCCAAUCAACUUCACUGAUCUGUGAAUGCACAGAAGCAGAGGCAGAAAUAAUUCUGCAGCUAAAAAAUGAGCUCAGGGAGAAAGAGCUCAAGCUUACAGAUAUUCGUCUUGAAGCCCUCAGCUCUGCCCAUCAUCUUGACCAAAUUCGGGAAGCCAUGAACCGCAUGCAGAAUGAAAUUGAGAUUUUGAAAGCUGAAAAUGAUCGUUUGAAGGCUGAGACUGGAAACACUAGCAAACCUAUCAGGCCAUGUUCAGAAUCCUCAAGCAGCACAUCUUCUUCCUCUUCGCGACAAUCUCUAGGUCUCUCUCUGAAUAAUUUGAACAUCACAGAUUCAGUUACAUCUGAUAUUUUACUGGAAGAUGUUGCAGAUGGAACUCUCCAUAAAGAAGGCCAGAACGUUAAGAUCAUUGUCACAAUAAACAAGGGCUACGGUCGAUCAAAGGACCAAAGAAUACAGGCAUAUUUGAUAGGUUCUAUCAGGGUCAGUGGUAAAACAAAAUGGGAUGUAUUAGACGGUGUAAUUAGACGACUUUUUAAGGAAUAUGUUUUCCGAGUAGAUCCAGCUACGAGCCUUGGUUUGAGCUCAGAUUGUAUAGCUAAUUAUUGCGUAGGUGAUAUAAUUAGAGCCCAUAACCAAGAAGUACCUGAAUUGCUACCUUGUGGAUAUCUGGUUGGAGAUAAUAACAUAAUCACAGUGAAUCUUAAAGGAGUAGAAGAAAAUAGUUUGGAUAGCUUUGUGUUUGAUACAUUAAUUCCUAAACCAAUUAGUCAACGCUACUUUAAUUUACUGAUGGAACAUCACAGGAUUAUCCUAUCAGGACCUAGUGGCACUGGAAAGACCUAUUUAGCCAACAAGCUUGCUGAAUAUCUGAUAACUAAAUCUGGCCGGAAAAAAAUGGAAGAUGCCAUUAUUACUUUUACUGUUGAUCACAAAUCAAGCAAGGAUGUUCAACAAUAUCUUGUUAAUUUGGCUGAACAGUGCAAUGCUGAUAAUAGUAGUCCUGACCUUCCUGUGGUAAUAAUUCUUGACAACCUGCACCAUGUUGGUUCUUUGAGUGACAUCUUCAAUGGUUUCCUUAACUGUAAAUAUAACAAAUGUCCCUAUAUUAUUGGAACAAUGAACCAGGGAGUUUCAUCAUCACCUAAUCUAGAACUGCAUCAAAACUUCAGAUGGGUGCUGUGUGCUAAUCACACAGAGCCUGUUAAAGGGCUGUUAUCCAGAUAUUUGAGAAGGAAACUGAUUGAAGCAGAGCUGGAGAAGAAUACCCGCAAUAAUGAUCUCAUCAAAAUUAUUGACUGGAUUCCCAAGAUAUGGCAUCAUCUCAACAGCUUCUUAGAAACCCACAGUUCUUCUGAUAUAACCAUUGGUCCUCGCCUUUUUCUACCUUGUCCUAUUGAUGUUGAGGGUUCUAGGGUGUGGUUUAUUGAUCUCUGGAAUUAUUCUUUGGUGCCAUAUAUAAUGGAAGCUGUGAGAGAAGGACUUCAGAUGUAUGGUAAACGUGCACCUUGGGAAGACCCCUCAAAGUGGAUAGCAGAGACUUGUCCAUGGAGUUCACUGCAACAUGAUUGGUCAUCAUUACUUCAGUUAAGACCUGAAGAUGUUGGUUAUGAAGGUUAUGCAUCUGCCAAAGAAGGAACCACUUCAAAGCACAUUCCACAGAUGGAAUCAGAAGGAGAUCCUUUGAUGAACAUGCUAUUGAGGCUGAAAGAAGCUGCCACUUACUCAAGUGCCCAGAGCUGUGACAGUGAUACUGCCAGCCACCAUGACGAUAUGCUGGACCCUUCACUUGAAUCAACGCUCUAAGCGGGGCAUGACUUUGGUUAGAAGAUGCUGAUAAACCUAUACCCGUGUUAAGGGCUGCUGAGGUGGUGUGUAUCUGUGCUGAAAUAGCAUGUGUGUGCUGUGUCAUAUAUGGAGGCACCUGAUUUAAGCAGUAAAGCAAAUCAGAAAUGAAAGUUGGAUUUGUUCAGUUUCAAGUGGAAAGAACCUUUAACAGGGAGGCUAUGAUGCAGAUUGCACACAUAGUAGUCAAACUGGAAUCACUUAGAGUCUUUUAUUUUCUAUCCCUGUCUUGAAAGUUUACAGUGGAAGCAUUUUAUGUGAUACUUCAAUAUACUUGGAGGUGCUGCAUUCAUAGUUCUCCUGCUCCUCCUCCUCCUCCUCUUCCUCCUCUAACCUCUGUGGUGCCUCACAGCACAUAUUCCAGAUUAUAUUCUGCUGUCCUUUCCAAAAUGAGGUGGAUGCAAAAUAAAAUAAUCAGAGGGCGUAUAGACUCAAUAAGCACAAAACAGUAUUGUGCAAUUACCUUAUACAAACAAUACUGUGAUAUGCUGGAUAAGUGCCAAUUUGAUACUAAACUGCCAUAUUUGCAGUGAUGUGGUUCACCAAGUUUUCUGUUUGUGUGUGUGUGUGUGUGUGUGUGUGUAUUGAAAAAAAAGUCACCCGUUUUUAUAUCCAAAUUGUUUUUAACCACAGUGGUAUUUUUUAAACACCUGCCCACCUCUUAAGGUUGUUGCUGUUGUUGUUAGGCAAUUCUGAUGCUGACUAAAGGUUUUGGUUAGGACUUUGUUUUGAGUCUUUUGGGAGGGGGAAAAAAGAGAUCAUUUCCUAUGGUGCUGUCUCACUGCCUUAAAACCGAUUUCUAGACAAUGUUACACUUGGUUUAAUUUGUUUAAACCAUUGGUUAUUUACACUGUUUCCUUUCUUCAUUUUACUAAUGAGAGAGCAUCAGUGAACACAGUAGCCUUGUGUUUAUAUAUCAGAUUUUUUUUAAUUAGGUGGCUAGAAGGAUGAAUUAUUAAUAUAGAUAUAGAUAUAUUAUUUUUAAUCUUCUGUGAAUCAAUGACCUACCAUCCUAAAACAUUCAAAUGACCCAGAAGCUACUCCUAGUUAACUAUGAAUGGAAAAAAAAAAAGUCCAACAUAGUUAUUUUUAUCCCAUUAGGAAAAGAACUUAAUUAAGACAGAAACAGAGAUGUGUGACAUUUUAUCCAGCAGAGCUGGGUGUGCACCUGAGUUAGCAUGAGCACAAAUCAUUCUUGGUUUUCGUCCCUUCUCUUCCUUCCCCCAUUUGGAGCAUGCUAUUUUAAUUGCAGUUGUUGUACAUGAAGAAAGUCAGCAUUACAAAAACACUGACACAGUGCUAUUCACUGUGCAAGACAGAAAUGUUUUUACUGUAAGAAGGGAAAGUGGGGGGUGAUUUUGCACAGUUUAUUGGGAGGGUAUUGUAAAUACUGAAAAAAAAAAGUGUUGCACAAAUAAAAGCAAACAUAACAGCGACAGCAGCAAAAAUACAAAAUUAUACUUUAUUCUAUUGAUGUGAAGAAAUGUUUCAUUUAUGAAGAAUACCCAUAUGUUGUAAACAAAGCAAGAGGGCAAUCAGUACUAUCUGUUUUUUUAAAAAAGACAGAUAAACCAGGUAUGUUUGUCCUGUAUUUAGAACUGCCAUCACAAGUCCUGAGCUAUCCUUGCUACAAUGAAUAUUUGCACUCUUUAAACCAAUCUAACUUUGCAGGAAAAAAAUAGACAUUAUCUAUCCUGGCGGGAUAUACCAAAAACCCAAUCAGAGUAAUUGGAGAUAUUGGUUAAAAUUAACAUAAAAUAUCUAAGGGCUAUAGCAUUCUAUAGGCACAUACUUCAACCCUUGUCUUGAAAGGGCUCAUGUGGAGCACAUCUACUCAUAACCAUAGGACAUACGCCAAUGAAAUACUUUCAGGAUACAUAUAGCCAGUGGAUAACUUCAGGACACGUAAGUGGUGCUACUAACUCUUGCAAGAAUAUAUUUUGCAAAACAAAUAUUAAAAAAUCAAUGCAAUUUUCCUUCUUGCAUCAGCCGCAGGUCUCCUGCAUGGUGCUAUUGCCCUAAUAAGAAAGUCUGCUUUUAUGCACAAAAAAUGUACUCAGAUUGAUUUCCAGCAGCAAAUAUUAGCUGACUGUCUCAUACUGUUAAGCAGCAUGCCACUCUGGAAAAUGACUAAAACAAAAGCUGCUCCUUAAGAUUGAUGUAGUCUAAAACAACAUCUAAGCCCAGGAAUUCCUGCCAUUUUCAAUACACAUGCACACAUCCUGUAUGUAUAUACUACAUAAUACAAUUUUCCCUGCAAUACAUUUCAGUGAAUCCACCUAGUUUACAACUUUAACAAAUUUGUUUGUGAAGCAUUUGUCUGUAUACAUUUUAUAUUUUGUACAUUUUUAAUGUAACAUAUUGUGUAAAUAGACAGAAACAGUGAGAUAAAUCAUCUGAAAAGUUUUGUAGUCUUUGUAAAGCCCUAAUAAUAAGUAUUUGGUGUCAUCAGACUUAACUGGAUGAUGUAUUUUAUAUUGAUUUAUUGUUCUUCUAGCUUGUAAACCAGCUUGCAUAUAUUUUUUGCAGGUGUGCACACUGUAUCUGUCUAAAUUAUUACUUUGCCAUUAAAGUGGAAUUAUUUAUUGACAA